CCCGCCCACUUCCUCUGUCAAUCUGAGCCAUCAAGCGGUCCCGAAGCCAGAGAAAAGUUACUGAGGACGAUUGGGGAACGAACAUGAGAUACAUGGGGAAUUUCACUUUUUUACAUUUAGCCAUUUUUGGUGUGUUGCUUUCCAUUUGCUCAGUGAAAGGCAACUAUUGUGAGGUGAAUCUCUGCGACAAUGGAGGUACGUGUGUCAUGGCCGUCGGAGACGACCCCUUCAUCUGCAUCUGCUCGGAUGGCUUCGCUGGAGACACCUGCAACCUCACAGAGACCGGGCCCUGCAGUCCCAACCCCUGCAGGAACGACGGCUCGUGUGAGGCCAUCAGUCCCACCCGGCGAGGGGACGUGUUUGGAGAGUACCUGUGCAGGUGCCAGCCGGGCUUCGACGGAGCCCACUGCCAGAUCAAUGUAAAUGACUGUGCUAACCAGCCCUGUAAGAACAAGGGUGUCUGCAGAGACCUGGAUGGGGACUACACGUGCCAGUGCCCCUCACCAUAUGUUGGGAAGCAAUGCCAUCUACGCUGCACCGCUCUGCUGGGGAUGGAAGGCGGGGGGAUCCUGGCCUCCCAGGUCUCGGCCUCCUCCAUCCACUAUGGCGUGAUGGGCCUGCAGAGCUGGGGCCCCGGCCUGGCCCGCCUCAACAACCAGGGCAUCGUCAACGCCUGGACCUCCGCAGCAGACGACAGGAACCCCUGGAUAGAGGUCAACAUGGGGAAGAAGAUGCGUAUGUCGGGCAUCAUAACUCAAGGCGCGAGCCGCAUGGGCACAGCAGAGUACAUCAAGGCCUUCAAGAUCGCCACCAGCUUCGAUGGCAGCAGCUACUCCGUCCUGCGAGUGGAGGGCAUGAGGCAUGACAAGGUCUUUGUGGCCAACAUAGACAACGAAAGCACCAAGACCAACCUGUUCGAGCCCCCUGUGGUGGCCCAGUAUAUCCGGGUCAUCCCUGUGGUGUGCCGAAAGGCCUGCACCCUGCGCAUGGAGCUGGUGGGCUGUGAGCUCAAUGUCCGUUCAAACACGACAGGUUGCUCCGAGCCCAUGGGGAUGAAGUCCCGCCUGGUCUCAGACGGCCAGCUGACCGCCUCCAGUGCCCACCGCACCUGGGGCAUCGACAGCUUCACCUGGCACCCUCAGUUUGCCCGACUGGACAAGCAAGGGAAGACAAAUGCAUGGGCAGCCGCCACUCACAACCGCUCAGAGUGGAUCCAGGUGGACCUGGAGAAGACCAAGCGUAUCACAGGCAUCAUCACACAGGGGGCCAAGGACUUUGGCGUGAUGCAAUUUGUGUCCAUGUUCAAAGUGGCCUACAGCGAUGAUGGGCAGAUCUGGACCGUGGUGAAAGAGCAGAACGGCUUCAAGGAGCAGAUCUUCCUGGGUAACGUCGACAACAACAGUCAUAAGAAGAACUUGUUCGAGCCGGCGUUCUACGCCCGCUACGUGCGCGUGGUGCCCUGGGAGUGGCAUGAACGCAUCACCCUACGCAUGGAGCUUCUGGGCUGCGAUGACUAGAGGGCCUGAGACCUGCGGGACCGGCCUUCAGUCUCACCCUCCCUCGCUCUCUCUCUCUCUCUCUUGGAUCAUAAGCACUAGCCUGCUGUACUUCCCCAGUUCACAGUGAGGUCAGAUGUAUUGCAUUCACCUCAACAUCCCAUAGAUGUCCCAUUCUACCACUCUGGAAUAGAGCUGAUGUCUUCCCAGUUUUGUUGGUUGUUGAGAACCAUCAAAAAAAAAUGUGUAUGGAGUUCGGUUAGCGUAGCAGUUAUAGAUUUACAUUUUAUUAUAAUGCUUGCUUUUCUUGCACAUGUGUGUAUGAUUGAUUUGCUUCGACGUGUAUGUUAAUUUGAAGAACCGUGUGUGAGAUGCUCACAAUGUGUUGGUGAGUUGCACCUGCCAGGUGAAUUCAUCAUCCACACACAGGCCCUGCGAAGAGAGAGCUGCUGGGACAACAACUGAGGCUGGACAAAGCUCUGUGCAGCGACAUGCAUUAUGGGAUAUCUUAGUUUGGAUCAUAGCUGAGUGGAUUAUGUGUGGAUGGAGGGAGGAGUUAAUAAUUAAGACAUGGCAUGUGAUUGAAAAUCCAAUAUGUCCAUGAUGAUAAACUGUUUUGCACUUUUAUACAAUUUAGGAUAUGACUUAAUAUUGCCAAUGUUCGAAACGCUUGUGGAGAGUGACUCAAUAACUAUUUGUGUGUAAAAAAUAUGUUUCAGAAAUUAUGUAGAAGACGUUUUACUGCUGUUUUUCUCACCAAUAAAAUGGAUUAACU